GUCGGAGUCCUUGCAGGCUGUGGCGGCGUGAUGGGUUGUUCUCUCCUGGCUCAGGCCCGGACGGGGCAGUCUGGAGAGCGCCGUGAGCGAGAAAGGCCCCCAGCGUCGGCUUCGGCUAUUGGUGUCAGCGUCGCGGCCACUGGCCCAGCCGAUGGGUCGGGACACACGCUCGCGCUCGCGGUCAGCGGGUCGCCGCGGCCGAAGGCAGCGGAGCCAGAGCGGGAGCCGGAGCCGAAGUCGAAGUCGGAGCAGGAGCCAUGGGCGGCGAAACCGGCGGCGCCGGGAGGACGAGGGACGGCGCAGACGGAGGCGGCGGAGCCGGGAGCGUAGGUCAGAUUCGGAGGAAGAGCGGUGGCAGCACUCAGGGAUGCGAAGCCGGAGCCCCCCGCGGUCCCAGUGGUGCUCGAGGGAUGGGUCCUCUCAGUCAGACUCGGGAGAGGAGCAGUCACGGGGCCAGUGGGCUCACCGGCGACGGCGUGCGCGCUCCUGGUCCCCUAGCUCCUCAGUGUCCAGCUCUGCGUCUCCACGGCGAUCCCAGAGCCCCCGGGCGGCCGCGGCCGCCCUGAGCCAGCAGCAGAACCUGCAGGAGCGGCUGCGCCUGCGGGAGGAGCGGAAGCAGCAGGAGGAGCUGAUGAAGGCCUUCGAGACGCCCGAGGAGAAGCGCGCACGGCGGCUGGCCAAGAAGGAGGCCAAGGAGCGCAAGAAGCGGGAGAAGAUGGGCUGGGGUGAGGAGUACAUGGGCUACACCAACACCGACAACCCCUUCGGAGACAACAACCUGCUGGGCACCUUCAUCUGGAACAAGGCCCUAGAGAAGAAGGGGAUCAGCCACCUGGAGGAGAAGGAGCUGAAGGAGCGGAACAAGAGGAUCCAGGAGGACAACCGACUGGAGCUGCAGAAGGUGAAGCAGCUGCGACUGGAGCGGGAGCGCGAGAAGGCCAUGCGCGAGCAGGAGCUGGAGAUGCUGCAGCGUGAGAAGGAGGCGGAGCACUUCAAGACGUGGGAGGAGCAGGAGGACAACUUCCACCUCCAGCAGGCCAAACUGCGCUCCAAGAUCCGCAUCCGGGACGGGCGGGCCAAGCCCAUCGACCUGCUGGCCAAGUACAUCAGCGCCGAGGAUGACGACCUGGCCGUGGAGAUGCACGAGCCCUACACGUUCCUCAACGGCCUCACCGUGGCCGACAUGGAGGACCUGCUGGAGGACAUCCAGGUCUACAUGGAGCUGGAGCAGGGCAAGAACGCCGACUUCUGGCGGGACAUGACCACCAUCACCGAGGACGAGAUCUCCAAGCUCCGCAAGCUGGAGGCCUCGGGCAAGGGGCCAGGUGAGCGCCGCGAGGGGGUCAACGCCUCCGUCAGCUCCGACGUGCAGUCGGUGUUCAAGGGGAAGACAUACAACCAGCUGCAGGUCAUCUUCCAGGGCAUCGAGGGCAAGAUCCGCGCUGGGGGCCCCAACCUGGACAUGGGCUACUGGGAGAGCCUCCUGCAGCAGCUGCGUGCCCACAUGGCGCGGGCCCGGCUGCGCGAGCGCCACCAGGACGUGCUGCGGCAGAAGCUGUACAAACUGAAGCAGGAGCAGGGCGUGGAGAGCGAGCCGCUGUUCCCCAUCCUCAAGCAGGAGCCUCAGUCCCCCAGCCGCAGCCUGGAGCCUGAGGACGCGGCGCCCACCCCGCCCGGGCCCUCCUCGGAGGGCGGCCCCGUGGAGGCUGAGGUGGACGGCGCAGCCCCGACAGAGGGCGACGGCGACGGUGAGGGCGAGGGCGAGGGCGAGGCGGUGCUCAUGGAGGAGGACCUGAUUCAGCAGAGCCUGGAUGACUACGACGCUGGCAGGUACAGCCCGCGGCUGCUCACGGCGCACGAGCUGCCACUGGACGCGCACGUGCUGGAGCCGGACGAGGACCUGCAGCGCCUGCAGCUCUCGCGCCAGCAGCUCCAGGUCACGGGAGACGCCAGCGAGAGCGCCGAGGACAUCUUCUUCCGGCGGGCCAAGGAGGGCAUGGGCCAGGACGAGGCGCAGUUCAGCGUGGAGAUGCCGCUCACCGGCAAGGCCUACCUGUGGGCCGACAAGUACCGGCCACGCAAGCCGCGCUUCUUCAACCGCGUGCACACGGGCUUCGAGUGGAACAAGUACAACCAGACACACUACGACUUCGACAACCCGCCGCCCAAGAUCGUGCAGGGCUACAAGUUCAACAUCUUCUACCCCGACCUCAUCGACAAGCGCUCCACGCCCGAGUACUUCCUGGAGGCCUGCCCCGACAACAAGGAUUUCGCCAUCCUGCGCUUCCACGCGGGGCCGCCCUACGAGGACAUCGCCUUCAAGAUCGUCAACCGCGAGUGGGAAUACUCGCACCGCCACGGCUUCCGCUGCCAGUUUGCCAACGGCAUCUUCCAGCUGUGGUUCCACUUCAAGCGCUACCGCUACCGGCGGUGAUGCCCCGGGGAACGGCAGGCAGGUGUCCUCGGGGGCCGCAAUAAAGGGACUUUGGUGAAGCUGACAGUCACUCCAGGGCCACUGUCUGGGCUGAAGGGCCACGGGUUCACGUCUCACCUCAGGCUGCAUCUUCCCCUCGCUGGGCCUCUGUUUCCCCCUAUGUAAAAGGAGGGUCACCGUAGAGCCUGCCUUGGUGAGCUGAGGACACGCUGGGACAGGCUGGCCCAGGCUCCCAAUGCAUCGGAGGGGGCGCUGGGGGCAUCUUUAGAGCACGAGGGCGGCCAGCAGCCGCCAGCUGACCUCACUGCCCAGGCGGACACACUCCGCCGCCCCUCAGCCAGGCUGGGUGUGGGGUCCACAGGCCCUGCCCCAGGCGGCAGCCACACAGGUGCCCUGGAGAUGGGCCAGUGGGGCCCGGGCUUGGCGGCGCCAGGCUUGUGAGAAGCAGGAAACUCAAGGCCAGCCCCGACACAUCACGGGGCACCCAUUGGGUGUGAGGCAGAGCCCGCGGCUGUGGGGCAGCUCCAGCCCUGCCCACAGGCCACCCUCACCCGCAUUGGCAGCAUUGAGGCCAGGACGCUGCUGGCACCCAAUCCGCCACUGUGGAAGAGACCAUCUGUGGACACCCAAAUUCUGCAGGGCCCGUCCGCCAACUCACUGUGCUGGCUGUGGCUCCAUUUCCCCGCAGCGGGGUGGGGAGGGUGCGUCGGGGUGCCCGUUCCUCUCAUGGUCAUGGGAACCAAAAGCUACUGAGCCGUUCUCCCCCAGCCUCCGAGCACAGGGCCUGGAGGACAGGGGCUCCCCAAGCCUGGGGGUUGGGGAAUGGUGAGGGGCUUCCCCCAGGGAUCCCCCCAUCUGGCCUGCUCACAGGGCCUUGGGGCAGGAGACCAGUGACCCCGAGUUCUGCCCAUGUCAGGACAGUAGCUUCUUCUCAUUCCCCCUUCUCAGGCCAGGAGGGCCGAGGGCCACACGGAUGCCACAGCCCAGGUUGGAGUGGCCCAGCCGGCAGGCUUGUUCCUUCAGCAUCUGACGGGAACAUCUCCAAUGGAAGCAAAAUGGAAUGUGCCUCCCGGACCCCCAAAGGGCCACCCAACCUCACCAGUCACCAGCCCCAGACCACCCACAGCCCCGCCCAGACGCCCUGCCUCAUCUGGAAAUAGUUUCGUUUGUUUCUCUAAAAAGACUUUUGUAGGUGGGAAAAAAGAUAUUUUAUUCUCAUGGAACUGGCCUAUUGACAAGAUUGCAUGUUUUUUUAAUAAACGUUUUAUUUUAGAAUAAUCUCAGGUUUGC